GUUCCUUCAGUUCGGUUCGUUGUCUGCUAUCGCAAAGUGUUAUGUUUCGUAAAUUGUUUACUAUCUGAGUGUCUUCACAUUUUUGGAUAAACAUCGCAGCAGUUAUCACAAUUAGAACAAAUAAUUAAACUUUUUUUAUGUGCUUAAAGGACAAAACUUUCGAGUACAAAAUAGGUCACUACGUUCGGAAGACCAUCGGACGACGUCUGGGCGACAGCAUGCAGGCAACCCUCCAGCAUUACCAUCCGGGUGGCGGUGCUCUGUUUGCAGCUCGCCGCUUAGAAUUUGAAAGUUAUCCAAAUUCUGAAGCGGAAUGUGACUCUAAUCUACCCAAAGAUCCAAGAAGAUGGACACGUGAUAAUGUUCAGCAAUGGUUAGAUGAAAUGGCAACAGUACAUAAUCUACCCAAUAUGGAUGACCAUCGCUCCCGCUUUCUAAUGAAUGGCAAGGCAUUGUGUCUAAUGUCUCAGUCCAUGUUUGUGCAUCGGGUCCCCCUCGGCGGGAAGUUGCUUUUCCGAGAUUUUCAGUUACGACUGAGUGCCGCAAUGCACAACUACCCUUAAAGUACACUACGUAUACACAAGUACUCCUAAAUACAUUCGUCGUUUCCCGACUGUUUCCAAUGUCAGGGGCUAGUCAAACAUGAAACGCACAUGGUCGUGGCGUCAUUCCAAAGAUGUUCGAACCUCACAGACUGUUAUACUGAUACUUAUUGCAACGCUGUUACUGGUUACUUCAUACACGCAUUACCUUGUAAUAUUUAAGUCCUCUUAAUUUAGACAACUAUUGUAUUUUGUAAUUUUAUAUCCUACAACUGUUUUACGUUAUUUGCGUUUGUAAGACGCAUUGUGAUAUUACGUAACGCGUACAACUUGUAUUACUUGUAGCUGGUUGUUCUUGUGCAAGAAGCGGAAGCGAGAUUAGCAUAUAAUGGAGUGCAGUGCGCGCUUCCGCUCCUCCACUGCGCUCGAAAAUAGCUCCCGACCGCGCUCGCAAUUAAGAAUUUGUUGAGAACUUGCGACGGAAGCGGAGGGCGUUCGCCAAACGCCGUCUUGGUGCAGCUCGUAGGCGAGUCGAGACGAAGCAAACAUCCGGCACUCGAGCUCAUCGUUUAUAGUUUCAUAUUUUGGUCGGGAGUUUGGAUAUUAAAAAAAAACCACACACACGCUUUCCAUUUUUGAUGGUGUGAAAUAGCGGAUGGAAAAAGCACUUUGGCUCAUUGAAAUGUUUCAAACUAACUAAUGAGCUAUAAUGAUGAGAUUAUUAUAUUUUUAGGGUUGGGUUUAAAAAUAAGACUCUUUUAAAUGUUUUUGGAGAAUGGGAUCAGGUUUAGGAUCCUACAACUGUUUAUAUUUAAGUUUUUGUGAAAUAAUUAAAUGUUGCUGAAUUAUUGAAGAUUUAA